AUGUACAAUUGCACGAGCCCCAUUGGCAUCGACCCCCGAAACAUAGCCCAGCGUAUUAUGGAGAUCAGGUCCCACAUUGCAAAGGAGAUGGCCGAGGACCUCAGCGCUAUCUCAGAGGAGAAUGCUCGCCUGAUGCGGGAGAGCCUGACUGCCAGCCUGUCCUUCCCUGCAUUCUCUCCAGAGGAGGACUCUCCUGAUGGUAGCGGACAGCCAGCGCCUUGA